AUGAAGCUCAGUACCUGCAUGCCGUUGGUGGCCUUUCUGACGCUCGUUGCUGCCGAGCAGUCGCCAUUGAACUUUCCACAGCACGUGCGGCCUCGACAGUAUGCACCGCCACCGCCAUACUCUCCUCCUUAUCCGACUUCAAGCAGCAGCGGUACUAGCAUGUCAUACACAUACUCCACUGGUACUGGCAUCUCGCUCUCCACUGAUAUUCCUCCUGUUCCAACGUCCUCGUUGUCAGCGAAUUCCACAGCACCAGAGCCCUCCACAAUCGUCUACACCAGUACUAUUGUCAUCACGUCGGUUGUUGUCCCACCGACAUCUGAAACUUCGCCAGGAGACUCUACAUCUACCGCGGCUACAGCGAGUAGCUGGGGUAGCAGCUCUUCAUCAAUGAGCAUCCCUCUUUCGACUGGAACCCAUUCUUCCGGAUCCGGGUACUACCCAUCUUUGCCACCCCACGAUACAUCCGCACCUUACGGCAACAGCACCGGCACGGCUUCGUCUACUUGGGGCACGGGUACCGCGCCAGGGUCUUCAAUACCCUCUUUGACCUCCACAGCUAGUACCAACUCGACAAGUUCACAGAGUUCCUAUGUUUCGAGACCAUCGACAACCAUAGAAGGGCCAAGUACGAACGUGACUGUCAUUACUUCCGUCAUCGCUUCCACCACUGUCAUCACCAUUCCCCCUCCAUACCCUUCUAAUGGAACCGUGACCGACACGAGCACUAAUCCCACCGCAACAUUUAGCGGUAACAGUACUACUUCUGGAAUUGCCACGUCCUCCGGUUACUAUGUUCCACCUGGCCACGCCACCAGCAGCGGCAGCAAUCCUACUGAAACCGAUACCGUUUACUCGUCGACCAUCGAUAUAUCAACCAUAUCCUGGAUUACCUUCACGUCCGAAGAGUCAUACACUACGACUAAGACACCCACAUUGAAGACUGGUGAUUCAGUAUCAUCGUCAACUUCGGCUUCGACGUCAUCUAGAAGCUCAAGAAUCAGCCGGAGUCGUACCUCCACACACGAUUGGUCUCGAACUCACACCAUGUCCAGGUAUUCCACCACUGACUCGGCCUCAUACACUCCAAGUACUUCCGAAGAGACCUCGUCAGCCAGCAGUUUGUCUAGUGUGGAAUCUUACACACCAUCAUAUACACCAUCGCCUACAGAGGAUACCAGCAGUGUACAUAGUGCGUCCGAGACCGGGUCUGCUUCAUCGACGUUGUCGAGAUCGUACAGCUACUCACUCAGCUCGAUUGUGACAGACUCUUUCACUCCUACACCAUCUGAUGCCACAACAUAUCCUGAGCCAACGCCGACAACGGAAAGCUACUCAUACUGGACAACCGCGUCGUCCGGCGAGUCUUCCAGUGACUCUGAGACCCCAUCAUAUACUGAGUCGAUCAGCUCUAGCACUAGCACUUUCGUGCUUCCUUCCGAGACGUCUUCAUCCAUACCUUCAACUUCUUCUAGUAACGAGUCCAGCUCCGAGACUUCCACCGUCAGCAGUACCGAGAGCUCCUUCACGUCUUUAGUGUCUGAAAGCUCCUCCAGCUCAACUAGUAUCGUAGUCAGCUCCACCAGCACCGACGCUACCGCUACCUCUUUCCCUGUAGGGUCUUCUACCGCUACUUCCUCAGGCUACUCUUACUGGACCCCACCCGUUAGCUCAGCAACCAACACCGAUGCUACCGCUACUUCCUUCCCUGUAGACUCGAGCACUGACAUCACGAGCGCAACAGGAAGUCUCACACAGACAACUUUUGAGACGAGUGUGAGUUCGACCAAGAGCGGGUACGCGCUGCCGCCUGUGGAGACGUACGAAAUGCAGGGUGACAAGGUGAAGAGAGGCAUGGUGAGACUCUCUGCUGCUGCUAUUCGAUGCACAAAAGAACAAGCGCUAACUACUUCCGCAGAUGGGUAUGUGGUUUAUGUGAGGACCAAGGUUCCGAUUACGCAGUGA